GCAUACAAUUUUUCAAAGUAGUUUCUACCCCUUGAAGAGGGAAAAAUUUGUUGAAAUUAGAAAGAGUUCAAUAUUUUCAUUUAAAAUCAUUACAUUCAGCACUUGAAAGCUAACCAGGAAGCACAAUAAUAACAAAAGAUUCUCAAAUACGUAGAAAGAAAUAAACAAGGAAACGAAUGUAGUAUAAUAAUGAUAUCUUUUGAGUUAAAAUCAAUUCAAUGGUAUUCGUUUUGAAGGUUCCUCGUAAAAUCUUAUAAAUUAUUCAGUUAAUCAUGCAAGUGACAAAGUCAAAGUUCGAUUCGAUAUGGGUCGAAUUUUUAAUAGUUAUUUUUUCGUUUGUGCUGGCUUUCGGUACGGUAUUGAAACUAGAAACGGAAACAAGAGUUUCGAUUCAGUUAGGAGUGCUUUUGGCAUUUUUGGGCUUCUGCUUCUUCGUGAAUAUAACUAACAUGUUUAAUAAACUUAUGUUGAGUACAUCCAGUGGAUUAAAGUUUAUAAAACAUUUCAAUCUAUCAUUAUCAGAUUGCAUGGACAUAUCAAACAAACUUGUAUCAGCAAUUCAAUCUGUGCUAUCAUGUGUAUUUGGAUUCUUUGUUUGUCGUUAUUCAUGCAAGCGAAAUUUUCUAACGACAUCUCACAUUUUUUCUGAAUCAUAUGCUUGGUUUGGAUGUGCAUAUUUUCUUUAUGAUAUAUUCAGCAUGUAUAAAGUCUACAACGCAAAACUCUUCGAUAAUCUUAAAUUGAAAGUGUUCAGAUGGUCAGCACAAAAUGAUUUUUAUUCAAUGAUUCCAACAACAAAGUCUGGAGAGUUGUCUUAUUUUACACCAAUGACAGUUAACAAUCAAAAGAUACUUAGCUUCAUGGAGUAUAUAAAGAUAACGAAACUUAUGGUUUUCCAUCACAUGUUCAUCGGCAGUUAUGGUUUAAUUGUUAUCAGUUCCUGGCGAGGUGGUCUUGGCGAUUGCAUCUUCAGUUUCAUGUUCCUGAUGGAAUGUUCAACUCCGUUUGUUAGCUUCCGAGCUAUUUUGAGUAUUCUCAAAAUGAAAACGUCGAAAGUUUAUUUUGUAAAUGGAAUUGUUAUGUUAAUUACCUUCCUGAUAUUUAGAAUUCUGAUGUUGCCAACGCUACUUUAUUACUACAGUACUGUUGUGAACUUGUCAUUCAUGAGGGCGAUUAUCAAAUUGCCACUUGGAUGUCAACUAUCAAUUAUAGCUUUGUUUCUACCUCAAUUCUUCUGGUUUCAUCUCAUGAUUAAAGCUGCUUUACGUAUGUUUAAGUCACCAAAGGAAAAGAUUGAAAUAAAUCACAAUCUUAAAACUGAAUAAAAUAAUUAACAAAAAAAAAGAUCUGAAAUGGAUUCAGAAGUGUGAAAUAUUUCACAAUGAUAUAGUCGGGCGAUAGCAGAUGAUGGUGAAGGAAAUUAUAAUAAAAAUCCUAGUCAAUGUGUAAUCCAAAAUUCAAAAAGCUUUUUGUACAUCAAACAAAGGGAAAGUUCACAGAAAAAGAAAAAUAGAAAAAUCUUAAAAUCAGGUAAAAGAAAUCAAAUUUAUUCUUCGAUAAUCUUUAUGCGAUACAUUUUUUGUGUCUAAUGUUACAAAAAUAAAAUAAGAAUGUCAUAUUCAGAGAUAUAACGACAGAUUUUGUGAGUCAUUCCCCCAUAAUCAAUGUUUAAUAUAUCCAAGGGACGUACAUACAAAUAUUUAUCCUAGACUAAAACUGUUGUGUGUGUCUGUCGUUCGUUGUCCAGUGUCUUGCAACAAAACAAGUAUUUCACAGACUGAAACUCGUUCAAGAAGAAAUAAGUUGUUGAGUUCUCAAUCAUAUGUUCAAAUUUUAAAGGAUUUACGAGAUUUAUGACAUAAUCGAACUUAUAAAAUCCGAAAAUAAGACUGAGAAUUUCCACAAUUUUUCUUGGAUUUCUUCCAGUCUCUGCAGUAAUUGUUUCUUAUUUUUUGCUAAAUGUUUAUGUGAUAAUAAUAUGAAAAAACAGAGAAUUGCAAACAUAGAAAUCUGGAGAAAGUUUAUAUAAAUAUAAAAAUAAAACAAGCCUUAAAUGUUACAGGAUUUCUCUUUGAUAAGUCAAUGUUUAAAUCGCCACUUUAAAAUGAGUUUUUUUUGUGAGACUUUUACACUCGUCUUUAGAUUGUUCGUUGUUUAUUUUUGAUGAAAAUAAAUGGAAAACUGUAUAAAAUAAAAACAAAAAUCCAACAGAAUUUGUCAUAAAUGGUAGUUUAGAAGAAAAUAAAAAGCUUAAAAAAUAUUUACAUGAAUUAUAUUAAAUUGUUUUAUUUUUAAAUAUAAAGAAA